GUGGUGGCCUUAGUGGGAUUUGUUAUGCUUUGUAUUUCGUACCAACCUGAUGAGAAGACCUGCGUGCAGUUCACAGUAAAGCUCAUGUAUUUUCUCCUGAGUGCCCUGGCUCUAGUUGCCUGUGUUUUGGCAGUGGCUUUUGCUGCACACCAUUAUUUGCAGAUGACAAAAUUUACCUGCGAUACCAUCCUUGACUCCUGCCAGUGCAAACUGGACACUGCAGACCCUCUCAGUAGGACCUUCAUCUACCAGGACACAGCUGACUGUGACAGCCUCACCAGUGCGCUCAACCUGUACUUACUCCUGCAGAUGGUUCUCAAUCUCAUCGCAGCCCUGGUGUGUCUGUCGGCAUGCUUCGUGAUGUGGAAACACAGAUACCAGGUCUUUUAUGUGGGCAUUCGGUUCUACCCUUUAACUGCUAGUGAAGGCCAUCAAGAGAAAGUGUAG